AUUAUAUUAAUAUUACAAUAAUGGAUUAAUAAUCAUAAGAAACUUAAACUAAAUAUGAAAGCAUUAUUGAUGAAGUCAUUUGUAAGUUGAAGAAAAACUCUGAUAAAGGACAAUUAUAAAUGAGUGAAUCUGAUAUUUAAACUUUUAAAGAUGUAAAUAAAAUAAUAUAUAUUAGUUUUGGUAAAAUAGUUUAAAAGCAAUUCAAGAAGGAAAAGACAACAGAAUUAAAUCAAAUAAUUAACAUCAUAUAAAGUAAAAUACAGAAAACACAAUAGAAUAAGAACCUUUAAUCGUUAAGAAAAUCAAGACUAAUGUAGAUACUUAAAUCAUAAAAAAAGUUUUUAUUAUUAUCAUUCUUUUAUUUAGGAAGAAGAAGAUAAUUCAUAUAGUGCUAAUAAAGAAAUAUAAAAUUAAUUAAAUUUUAGUGAUGAUUCAGGAGAUGAAACAUAUUCUAAAGAAAAAAAAAUAGAUGAUAAGCAAGUCUAAGAAUCAGAAAAGAAACUUGAAGAUUAUAAAAAUAAAAAAAAUGAAAGUUUAAGAGAGAAGACUUUAUUUGACAAAAUUAGAGAACUGGAUCAAUUAAAAAGUCUAGUUAAAGUUGAAGAAUAAGAUGAUGACGAUACUGAAGAACCGAGAGUCUUUGAUACAUAAGUCUAUGCUUAAAAAAUUAACACUGAAAAUCUAGUUAGUCGUAUCAGAGUAUUCUUACAACCAUAUAUAGCCUAAUAAAUCUUAAAAAAUGAGUUUAGAGAAUGUUCUUAUUAAAGACAAAAACAAUAAGGAAGCACUCUAUCCUUAAGCUUAAUUGUAAUUUAAUUUCAGAACUAGUAAGAAAAAAAGUUCUUAAUGAAAAUCGUG